GUUGUGAUAUGUAUUUUGACCAUGGUUUACGCAAUCGGCAUGCACUCAUCUCUGCUAAACUUAUGAGUGAUUCUGAAAAACGUUGUCCUCCAAAUUAAGUAGUAAUAUAUUUCUAUAUGGCAAACCUCACUGUCAGUUGAUAUCUAAGCAAGUUGCAUUAUCCAUUACGUACUCAAUAAAUACUGGAGACUGGAUUAACUAAAAGCUUCUUUGUCGUUUCGUUUCGUAUACGCAUAUUUUGUUGGGAUUACUGAAUAAAUAUAAACUUGGAGGAAAAUGGGGCGUGUGCUUCGGAAGCGUUUUUUCCUCUUCCGCGAUGUUUUAGCGAUAACACUAGCCGGUGCUCUCUUAACUGGCUGCACGUACGGCCAAACGGACGUCUCCCAAGUAUUCACACAAGAUAACAUGGGAGAUAUUGUGGAAGAUCCAGUAUCAACAUCGUCGUCCAAAAUUGUGUACUUUGCCAAAGCACGCAAUAUGUUUUCGUCCAUGGAAAACUAUCCUGUUUCUGUAACAAUUCUCAGUGCACCGUCGCCGGUGACGGUUGAGGCUGCAAUUUAUAUUCCAGCCGCUUAUAAUGGCCCGGUCAAUUUUAUUAACCCUUCGACAGAACCUUUCGCUUUCCCGAGUCAGAUUCAGAGCAGAAAUACUACGGUAUCAUCAGGGAGCGCAGUUGUUUCUCCAGGAGCAACGCAAAUAAUUUCUCUAAAGAUACCGGAUCUUCUAUAUCCCAACGGCUAUAAUUACCGGCUGCUGAUUAAAGGUCAAGAUCAAUCCGGAGCGAACUUUUCGGAAAGCACUUAUAUUAGUCGGAAGAACGAAGCGGAACGGUCGAACACGUUGCUGUUGAUACAGACUAAUAAACCAUUGUACAAAGUGGGAGACACUGUGCAAUUCCGCGUGAUCGCCGUGGAUCGAAAUUUAAGACCUGCGAAUACUCCGAUUGACGUAAAAAUUUAUGAUCCUCAACGAAAUCUUAUCAAGCAAAUGCUUAAUUUUCAAAGUCCAACAGACAGAGGCUUCGGUGCCGGAGAGUUUGAGAUUGCAUCUCAAGCAUCGUUGGGCAUGUGGAGCGUUGAUGCUUCUGGAGGAAACACAACGACCUCAAAAACCUUCACCGUCGAAGAAUAUGUUCUGCCCCGAUUUGAUGUGGACUUCCGUGUUCCUGCAUUUGUUUCCACCAGCGCAAAAUCCUUUACUGCUACAAUAAUGGCAAACUACACAUUCGGAGAAAAUGUUACCGGUCGCGCUACCAUUAGCGUGAAAGGGCCUUCGAAUUUUGUGUCUGAUCCACUUUGCGCCAGCAAACCGAUGCCCAUGGUGCCGGCAAUGUCCCCCGCCCAGUUCCCGCAGUUGCCGUCAGCAGACGGAUCUAUGUCCAGUCCUGGGUUUCCUGGUGUGUCAGCCAUUUAUCCACCGAAUGGUUGUUCACCUGUUGAUCGAGCACCGUGGAAAAAUUUCACCAUCGAUAAUUUUAACGGAAAAGCUACCGUGACUGUGCUUUUGUCUGACAUCCUUGAUUCCAUGAAUGGAUAUGAAAUUUUGACUAUCCACGGAUCGGUCACAGAAGCCAAUACAAAUCUCGUUCGCAAUGCCACAACAAGCGUAUCACUGCGAUCACAGCUUUACCGGUUGGACAUGCAUGCAUCCAGCCCCUCUUUUCGACCGGGAACGCCCGUAACCAUCGUCAUUAAAGCGAUAAUGGAUGAUGGCCGACCCAUUCCCCCGACGACCAAGAAGCUGAAAGUUAAGAUUAACAUCUACGGAAGUGUGUUGUCAUCCGCACCUGGAUUCACCGUGAACGACGAGAAGAGUUUCGACGUACCUGCCAGUGGAACAGUGUCUUUUGAUGUGGUGCCACCAACCGGGACAAAAAGUCUUUACAUAAGUGCGCAACUGGGAAAAGUGACAGGCGGAUUAAAUGUCGAGGGAGCUUCUUCGCCCAGUAACAGCUUUAUCAACAUUGUGCCAUUGACCACCAACACGACAUUAGGCCAACCGAUACUGUUCUCUGUGGAACUGACCAACUAUACCGACGUUUCUCGAUUAAACUACACGAUUUUCUCUAAAGGUCGUACAUUUACUGAAAGCAGUGUUUCUGUUAACGGUCCGAAGACCUCGCUGCAAGUUCCUUUGACCGCGGAAAUUGCUCCACGUGGACGGCUCCUUGUUUAUUACAUUCGGCCCGAUAAGGAAGUAGUCGCAAAUGUCAUGGAUUUUACAGUGUCGGACUUCAUGAGAAAUCCGGUCAAUAUGUCUAUCGAGCCAGCAACAGGAGCCUCGUACACUCAACCUGGCGAAAGUGUCCGUGUGCGUGUUACCACGUCUCCCAAUUCUCUAGUCGGUAUGCUGGGAAUGGAUCAAAGCUUGCUGUUAUUGUCUUCCGGCAAUGACCUUACAAGUUCUACAGUGGAAAACUGGUUGGACAGUAUGGACGAUAAUCGGUGGACUUUCAGCACUCAGUACGGUAAUACGUCGGAUUUCUGGAUACCAUACAGCCAGUCAGUAUGGAGUUACUUUCAGAAUGCGGGGUUGCUUGUUUUAAGCAACGCCGUGAUUCCCGGCUCACCCAACGAAAUGCAAUAUGGUGGCGGACCAAGUGGUCCGCUGUAUUCAUAUGCGGCCAGUGCUAUGGGUGGAGGUGCCAGUGGUGGCUACGCAGGCGCAGCAGAAAGCGAUAUCGCACGACCUGUAGCAGCACCAGCGCCCAUGCCACCCGGUAACAGCAACGGACCGCAGCAAAUGCCGGGUAAAAGCCCGACGGUUCGUAAGGACUUUCGGGAGACCUUCUUAUACGAAACUGCCUUGAGUGGGCCGUCUGGAAUUGUAAACUUUACUCGCGCUGUGCCGGACACGAUAACAAGCUGGGUCUGCACGGCCUUCAGUCUGAAUAACGAACUAGGACUUGGCUUGACGAAAAAAGCAGCAACUCUCAAAGUCUUUCAGCCGUUCUUUGUCGUCCUGAAUUUACCGUACAGCAUUGUGCGAGGAGAAACACUGCAAACCGAAAUUCUUAUAUUCAACUAUCUAAAUCAAGACCAAGAUGUGCAGGUGACCUUUACCGCCCAAGGUCAGGAUUGGCGCGGAACCGCCUUCUCUCCGCCACCGCAGCAGCAAAGAAUAACCGUGCGAUCCAACAAUUUCACGCGGGUAGUCUUUCCGAUUACUCCAGCGAUCGUGGGAGAUGUGAACAUAAAAGUGCAGGCGCAGUCCAGUGUUGCCGGUGAUGCAGUGGAGAAGAGCUUGUUGGUCAAAGCCGAAGGUGUUCAGCAGCAGUUCACUGCGCCGGUCUUUAUUGACCUCCGGAAUCGUAAUUCCAUGUCAGCUGUGGUUCCGAUCACCGUGCCAAAUUCGGGCAUUGUGAGUGGGUCCGAGAAGAUGGUGAUCAAAGCCAUUGGAGACGUUCUUGGGCCCACGAUCAGCGGAAUCGAUAAUUUAAUUAGGCUCCCACAAGGGUGUGGAGAACAGAACCUCCUCAGCCUAGCACCAAAUAUUUAUGUCCUCAAAUAUUUGCAAGCCGGAAAUCGCCUUGACGAUCGCACACGAACGCGUUUGUUGCGCAAUAUGAAUAUUGGUUAUCAACGGGAGUUGACCUACCGACAUUCGGACGGAUCAUUCAGUGCAUUUGGAGCACGCGAUCCGUCCGGUUCCACAUUUCUCACAGCGAUGGUCUUGAAAAUUUUUGCCCAGGCUUCCCGUAAUAUGUCAGUCGACAGCAAUAUACUGGAACAAGCCUCAGUGUGGUUGGUGCGCCAACAAGCUCGCAACGGAUCUUUUCCGGAAGUGGGCAAAAUCAUUGAUCGUGAACUGCAGGGCGGUGUCGGCGGGCCGGUAUCCCUGACGGCUUAUGUACUAAUUGCCAUGAUUGAAGCGCAGCCGAUGAUCCGUACGGAUCUACGCGGCAAUAUGCAGCGCGCGUAUUCAUACUUGGAGUCACAAAUUCGCCGUCCGCUCGACGUUUAUGAACUGGCCAUUGUGACCUAUGCACUGCAGUUAAGCGGCAGCGGGCUGGCGAAUCAAGUCCGGCAGCGAUUUUUAACGGCGGCAGUGGACAGAAAUGGCACCCGGCACUGGAGUAAAGAACCGGAAACGGUGACCAAUCAGAUGGGGAAGUACUCGUGGGAAUAUCAGUUGCCGGCGAAGGACAUCGAAAUUACAGCCUAUGGACUGCUGCAGUACGUCCGGAAUAAAGACGCCACAGGAGGAUAUCCGGUUCUGGCGUGGCUGCUGUCAAAACGCAACGAACAGGGUGGAUUCCAAUCAUCCCAGGAUACCGUUGUCGGCCUUCAAGCACUGGCGUCUUUUGCAGAAUUAAUGCAAGACUCCUCCAAGAACGUGAAUGUUACCGUUACUGCUCGAGAAUUCUCGAAAACGUUCAUGAUCUCCAACGAGAAUGCUGUUGUAUUGCAAGCGUAUGAGCCCAAGUCAGUUAAUGAUCGCAUUUCCGUGGCUGCAACGGGCACCGGAACGGCACUGGCUCAGAUUACGUGGUUGUACAAUGUUCGCGUGGUGCCCGAAAAGCCCAUGUUUGACGUAAAGGUCAACGCUGAUGCCGUCAACAACAAUCUCCAGCUGACGAUUUGCGCUAGAUAUCUGGGAAACGAAGUCAGUAACAUGGUCGUGAUGGAAAUCAAUUUGCCGUCAGGGUAUCAAUUUGAGGAGGAACAAGCCAAUUCGUUAGCGAAUGAUAUUAACAGCGAACUCUCUCAUGUGGAAGUGGAAAAUGAAUCUACGCAGUUGCGGCUGUAUUUCGACCAGCUGUCGACCGCCAAUCAACAAUGCACCCGUGCUCCAGCUUUCAAGCUCUAUAAUGUGAAUGGAAAUUUGGAAGGAAAUGUCGUUGUUUACGAUUAUUACAAACCAAUCAAUAGAAAGACUGUUAUGUAUUCGGUAUUUGCAGCUCAGAAAUAAGCUCGCACUGGUAGCAAUAUCUUCUCGAUAUCUGUUGUUGAUGUUAUUCUGCUGUUGUCGUUAUAAAGUACUAAUUAAUUUUCUCUUUGAAAGCUCGAAAAUUAGUGUAUUACACGGAAUGAACCACGA